AUGUUUCUACUAUUUUUAUUACACAGUGAUCUGUGUUUUUCCUUUACCCAGGUACUGUCCCACAAUCUAUACACUGUACUAUGCAUACCUCAUGAUCCUGUAGCACUGGAAGAUCAUUUUCGUGAUGAUGAUGAUGGCCCGGUGUCCAGUCAGGGUUAUAUGCCAUAUUUGAAUCAAUACAUACUGGACAAGGUGGUAGAAGGCACAUUUGUAAAGGAGAGCUUCCAUGAGUUAUGCUGGACUCUAACAGCUAAAAAGAACUAUCAUCCGGCUGAAAAAGUGAUUUCUAAUAGGGAUGCUUUUUGCCUUUGGUGCCUUUUCAACUACUUGUCAGAAGAUACAUACCCUCUAAUAAUGGUCCUUGACGAGAUUUUUUUUUUAAAGGUGCAGUACCUUCUGCAGAAGCUGCUCACAACAGCCCGGUCAGAAAUAGGAGAGAUGGAACUGGGCGAGAUGUUGUCCUCCUUAGGACAAGGAAUAUCUGUCUGGCAAUUCCUUGAUCUUGUUACUUCACCAAAAAUCCUGCGGGGUAUCAGCAUGGAAACACUUAGUAUGGCAAUCCAAGAUCUGUAUGAAGAAAUCAUACAAGAUGUACUGAAGCAGGGGUACCUUUUAAAGAAGGCUAAUUUGAGAAGAACAUGGACUGAGCGUUGGUUUGUUCUAAAGCCUAAUGUUUUCUGCUACUAUGUGAGCGAAGAAUGUAAAGAAAAAAAGGGCACAAUUGCUAUAGACAAAGAUUGUGGUGUGAGGAUACUUCCUGACAGAGAUGGCCGUCGAUGUAUGUUCUGCGUUAAAACUCCCACAAAAACCCAUGAAAUGAGUGCAUCUGACACAAAGCAUCGGCAAGAAUGGGUGACAGCUAUCCAGACAGCUAUCCGACUCCAGCAGUCCAGCUCUGUCUCGUUACACCGUGAGCUGCAAAGUAGGCGAAGGGAACAGAGAGAGCAACGGGAACAGCGCAGACUUGCACGAGAGCAGGAGUUGCAGAGACUGGCAGAACUUCAGAGUGAAAGAGAAAGACAGCAAAAGGAAUUGGAGCAGCUGAGAGAGGCACAAAAAAAAGGCAGAAGAAGCCAUGAUACAAGAACAGCACAGGCAAAGAGAACAGCAAGAAGAGAUGCAGCGACUACUGGCAGGAAAGUUAAAAGAGGCAGAGGAGGCACGUGCUUCUAUGCAGGCAGAGAUGCAGCAGAAGGAGAUGGAGGCUUUGCGCCAGAGACAAAGGAUUCAGGAGCUGGAACAACUGCAGGAGCGUUUUUGCAGGAAGCUUUGGCUCAAGAAAUCAAAGCACGUCAAGAUGAAGAGGAGUACAGACAUGCACAAGCAAAGCUGCUUAUGCAAGAAGAAGACAAACUGCAAGUUCUUCUUAGAAUGCAGGAAGAACAGGCACAUUUUGUAGAGAGAGCGCAGAGGGAAAAACAGGAGCUGCAACAAGAAAUGGAGAUAAAGAACAAAGAACUACAAGAGGCACAGAGACAAUUAGAAGAUGUAAGGGAAAACAGACAAAGAGCUGACAGAGAUGUACAGGUGGCACAAAGGAAACUUCACCAAGCCAGUACAAAUGUCCGACAUUGGAACGUUCAGAGAUGAACAGGUUAAUGCAUCCUAUAUCUCCUGGAGAAAAACGCUCAGCCUCUGCUGGUGGAUUUCAGGGAUUAUGGGGCCCAAGUCUCAUUCGUCGGGACUUAUCUAUUAAAAGACUGCAGAUGUUAGAGGAGAAAAAAGCCCCUCAAAGUACUGGAGACCAAUUGGAAAAUUCAGUAAACCUAUGA